CGGCGUGACGCUCCUCCGCAGCGCAGCGGGACUGAGCAGGCUGCCUGCCCGGCUGCGGGGUGGACGGACGGAGCUGGGACUCUGAGGUUGGAGUCUGUCCGGAGCCCUCUUUCAACCCUGCUAUCCAGGCGGACAUGUACCGUGGAUUAACGGCAUGUUUUCACUUCGUGUUGCCGAGUGUGUUUUGCCAGGUUGCCGGCUGACACGCCGGGAGGCACCGACGGAUUCGGGGUCAUCUUGAAAAUUAACGGUCGUCCGGCUGCAGCGUGGGAUCUGCCAUGCAAGGUAGCCAGAGAUGAGAAUGAAGCCCAAUUGCAAAUUUCUCCUGGGGCUUUGUUCCAUGUUGGCCCUGGGAUUCCUCUACUACUCCUCAGGGAGGCUCACCUUACGAGGCUGGGGCCACAAAUCAUUGUAUGACAAACAAGGAUUCCUGCUGAAGCUCGAUGGCAAAUUGCCUUUGGAGCUGAUAUAUAAGUAUGGCAACCUCAGUAAAGGUGCUUGUAAGCCUGGCUUCGCUGCUGCCAAGAUGACUGCCAUCUAUCCAAAGUUCACCAAACCAGCACCAAUGUUCCUUGAUCCAAAUUUCAAACAAUUCUCCAAGAUUGGCGAUUAUUUCCCCCCCUUUGGAAUAAAAUCACAAGAGAAGAUCCUAGAUAUUCUUCUGUUGGCCACAAAAAGCUACGGCCUCGGGGAAGAACUGGACAAUUUGAGUUGCAAGAGAUGCAUCAUCAUAGGAAAUGGAGGAAUCCUCUCCAACAAGUCUCUGGGCCAGAGGAUUGACGAAUUUGAUGUGGUGGCAAGGUUGAACGAGGCCCCGGUGAAAGGCUUUGAGAAGGACGUAGGCUCCAAGACCACCAUGCGCAUCACCUAUCCAGAGGGCGCCAUCCAGAAGACAGAGCGCUAUGAGAGCCAGUCCCUGUUUGUCCUCUCAGCCUUCAAAGCUCUGGACCUCAGGUGGCUCCAGCACAUGGUGUUCAGCCAAAGUCUGCGCAGCACUGAGGGUUUCUGGAAGUCGGUGGCCAAGCAUGUCCCCAGAGAGCCCGGCGACAUGCGAAUCCUGAACCCCUACUUCAUCCAGGAAGCAUCCUUCAAGCUGAUUGGCCUGCCUCACAACAACGGCCAGAUGGGCAGAGGGAAUAUCCCAACCCUGGGGGCAGUUGCCAUAACGAUGGCCCUCCAUAACUGUGAUGAAGUAGCCGUGGCUGGAUUUGGCUACAACAUGAGCACCCCCCAUGCACCCCUGCACUACUAUGAGAAGAUCAGGAUGUCAGCCAUCAAAGAGUCGUGGACUCAUAACAUAUCUAAAGAGAAGGAGUUCCUGCUCAAGCUUGUGAAGGCUGGCGUCAUUCAGGACCUGACCGGCGGUAUCUGCAGUGCAGGAUGCUGAGACAGCGUUGUCACGUCUUUUCCUGCUGCACUCUGCUCAUCUUGGCCUGCACCAGCACUUGAUGGACUUGAAGAGACAAAAACAAGGGUCAGGAGGCCAAAUCCCUCAGCAGAGAGCAGUGCUGGCACUUCUCAUCCAUGAUGGACGAAGCAGACGGCUUGGUUCUCUCUGCCUGUAUAUAAGUUUAUCUUUACAAGAACAGACACAGCCCGGCGACAUAUUGCAAGCAAUUGCCUGUUGAGUUGUAAGUACAGUAUUCAGCUAAUGGGCUGGUUUGCAGUACCCGCCCUUGUUACAGGUUCAUGCACAUUUACAUCGUUGUUACGCGUCCUUGCUCAGGGGUAUGUCGGUAGUAUUGGUGAUCAAACCGGCAACUCUUGGACUAGGCAGUGUGCCUGAUCACCCUGCUCCUCUGAUAUCUGAUGCAGACUAAUAAAUCAAGAGAAGUGGGUUAAGAUACUAGAUGUAAAUGUUGACUGUGCCAAGAAUACCUCCAGAAGAAGUGUCCUUCUGUUUAUGUAUUUGAAUGUAAUCACCAUCAAACAAACACUUCUUUUCACACGUGUUUAUUGUACAGCAUGUACUGUGUUAAACUAGGCGGACACUAAAGCUGGGCAAUAGGAAUAUAUCAGGAAUCAGCAGUGAGCUGAAUUCAUUGCUGAUUUUCCUUUUUUUUUUUAACUCCUUUUUUUGCUGAUUUAAAGAUGCUCAGGGUUUCCCAUCUGUGUAUUGUAUUAAACUGUGGCACCCUACCAAAGUUUAGUUUCGACCACCACAGUGUAAGCCUAAUUUUAUCAAGAAAACAAAGUAUUACAUUUACAGUGUUUCCCAAAAAUGAGCUCAUCUGUGGCGCAGCACCAAAAUAUUUGCGUUAUUGCAUAGUAUUGAUCUAAAUUAAUCUCUAUCUCUCACGUUAUGUUCUCUGUUACAAGAGACAAUGGAUCUGUUCUCAGCUACGGAGAUGAAACUUAAAAUUCUGCAGUUUGCUUCAAACUUAAAAACGUGUUUGUAAGCAGUAACUCAAUAAUUUGUGACCCAGAAUAUCAAAUACAUCAACAGCCGCAGACAGAUGGGGUCACUGUGGCUGAUAGGACAGUUUCAACAUAUCGCCCAGCUCUACUGAGUGAGACUGUGUGUGUGUGUGUGUGUGUGUGUG